AUGAAUAGGAUUAAGAAUAAUACACAAUUAAAAACAUCAUUACAAAGACUAUUCUUAAAAAAUAAUACCACAAAGAGAAUGAAUUCCACCAUUUCUAAUAAUAAAAAUAAUCUACCAGAUGUUACUUUUAAAGUAGCAGGUAACACUACUAGAGUUAUCACUCUAAACAGACCAAAAAAGUUAAAUGCUCUGAGUACUUCAAUGUGUUCAUCUAUUGCUCAACACAUUUUAGAAUAUAACAAAUCACAAGUUAACUCCUCUAUAAUUAUCAAUUCUUCUAAUUCACCAAGAUCUUUUUGUAGUGGCGGUGAUGUAGCUCAGGUCGCUCUUGACAAUUUGCAAUCCAAGAAGGACAAAUCUGUCGAAUUUUUUCAACAAGAGUAUAGUUUGAACAAUUUAAUUGCUACUAGUAACAGACCAAUCAUCACUAUUAUGGAUGGCAUUGUUAUGGGUGGCGGUGUCGGAUUAACUACCCAUGCUCCGAUUAGAAUUGCUACCGAAAACACCAAAUGGUGCAUGCCAGAAAUGGAUAUUGGGUUUUUUCCUGAUGUUGGCGUCACUUUUUCCUUACCCAAGCAGGCUACCGUUGGUGGGUCAAGAGGUCAAUUACCCUUAUACUUAUGUUUGACUGGUGAUGUGUUAAAUGGUAUUGAUACCUAUUUAUCUGGCUUUGCUACCCACUACAUUAAUAGCCAUAAUCUACCAGAUUUACAAGCUAGGCUAGGGGAGUUGAGUCCUCCAAAUAAUAGCGACAAACGUAGUGAACUAAUGGGUUUCAGUAAAACCGUUGAAGAAUUCACUUCUAGUUUACCACAUGACUACAAAUUUAAGUAUACAAUUGAACAAUUAGAUGUCAUCGAAGAAGUCUUUUCAAUUGAUAGUGAUUUGACUUUGAUCACCCUAUAUGAUAGAUUGAAAAAAGUAAUUAAGGAACAACAUAACACCGCAGGUGCUACAUUUGCUUCUUCUAUUUUGCAGAAAUUAACUUUGGAAAAGUCCCAAAUCUCUAUACAAGUUGCUAUUGAACAAUUCAAAAGGAAUAUGUUUGCUCCUAGAGCAAGCGCAGCACUAAAACAAGAUUUAAUAACAGCUUCUAACUUUUGUUAUCAAAGCUCCUUGAAUGAGUUUACUCCAGCUGUUAAGCAUAAAUUAAUAGACAAAAUUCGUGAUAAGCCAUAUGAAUGGAAAUUAAGAGAACCCUUAUCCAACGAUAAAUUAGCCAAAUUGUUAUCACAAACACCAUCCAGUAAUACAGAACUGCUUGAAUACAAUAGCUUAGAAAACAGUAGCAGUCCUAGAUAUAUUAAUUUGGGUUUGCCUACGGAAGCUGAUGUGGCCAAAUAUAUUAAGGGGGAAGAUAAUAGUAACAGAACGGUUGUUCCAACUAAUGAAAAUAUUAUAAGCUAUUUCACAAAGUAUGGGCAAGGAUCUAGUAAAAUUGGCUGCAAAUAUUUAUUGCAACAUUUGAUUCUACCAAGAAAGUGUAAUACUGAUAAAUAUACUCGCACAGUUCAAUGGAAAGAAGCUAGCAAAUUAUGA